AUGAGUUUUGGAACUGAACUCAAGGAUCAAAUACCCAUAGUGAAUCAAUUUGUACAAAAUGGCAUUCAAUUCCUCGGUGAAUUCCGCGAUUUUAUCAAAGAAAGAGCAGCAAUAGAAAAAGAGUAUGCUAGUAAACUUGAAGCCUUUGCAAAAAAAUAUACAGUGAGAAAAGACAGAAGAAUUAUUGGUCUGUCCGUGGGUGAUGCUACAGGUUCGCCAAGGGAUCCGGAAUACGAUGCUUCUACAGAAUCUAGCACAUUUGUCAAGGCAUGGGCUGUAAUAUUACAAGAGACUGAGAACAUGGCAAAAGAUCGAGCGGAAUUCUCAGAGAACCUUUCGACGAUUAUUUUUGAUGAGAUCAAAUCGCUCGCUUUGAAACAAGAAGAGGCACGGAAAAAGCAUUUUACAUUCGCUGCUAAACUUGGAUCGGACCGGGACAAAAUUUAUGCCGAGAAGCAAAAGGCAAAGUCCAACUAUGAUGAAAAGUGUGCAGAAGUUCUGCAAGCACAACAAAAACUCGAUAAAGCACAAGAUGAGAAGACAUUGGAGAAAUUACGGAAAGAGCACCAGCAAGAUAUAAUCGAAAGGAACAUCAGCAAGAAUCUUUAUCUGUUGGCUUUACGUGUUGCCAAUGCACAAAAGAAAAAAUAUAGUCUUAUUGAUCUACCGGCAAUAUUGGACCAUAUGCAAGAGCUUAACGAGAAUAGAGUACGGGCAGUAAAAUAUAUCUGGGAUGAAUACGUGGAUUUUGAAUUAUCUGCAUUGUCGAAUUCGGAACAACAUCUAGAGAUCAUAAAACAAGCAUUAGAAGAAGUCGACGAGACCGCAGACUCGGAAUUGUUUAUCAAAUUCAACAAAAGAGAGUGGCAAGAACCACCUGACUUUGAAUUUGAAGCAUAUCAUAAUACAGAUGACAAUGAAGAUUUGCAAGUGGAUGAUGUAUCACAAGUAUAUUUGAGCAACAAGCUCGUCAGGGUGCGGAAACAACUGGCGUCUGUCAAUGCUACCAUCGAGAUUAAAGAGAGAGACAUCGAAGGCAUGCAAUCGCUACAAGAGGCAUACUCGAACAACGCAAAUCUCGGUGACGCAGAUACUGUGAUAGAAAACUUGUUGGAAUAUAUGCGCGAAGUGACUGUUCUAAGGACAAUGCAAACAAAUUAUGAAACAGAAAUAAAUGCAAUCAUCGAAGCAAUCGGAGACGUUGGAUCUGAUCAAAUACCGCACGAGUUCAAGACCGCAGCUUUCACAAUACCCGCGAAAUGUGACUUGUGCGCAAUGAACGUCUGGGGGUUGAAGCAAGGACUUGCGUGUAAAAACUGUGGAUACAAUUGUCAUGCAAAGUGCGAGAUGAAGGUGCCCUUAAACUGCACAAAGGAGCUGGGCAACAUAAGAAGGGGGGGAUUAAACGCAAGCAUGAGCUUCGUUGGUACAACCUCUUCGUAUGGCACAGUAUCAGACGAUACUGGACCGUCGUCUGCUCCAGCCAUUGAAGAACAAACUCAUAGGGCAGCAGUCUUGUACAAUUAUACAGCAAGAAAUGCAGACGAGUUGGACGUAUCGAAAGGAGAUGCUUCAAUAAAUGGGAGGGAAGGUCUAGUACCAGCAAGCUAUAUAGACAUGGACGUGGAGGAUUCGGUACCAGCAUCUCAUAUAGUAGACGAGACUGAAACAACCAUAACUGCAGUUGGUGACUUUGUUCGAGCCAUCUAUGAUUGGGUUGCUCAAUCAGCCGAUGAAAUAUCUUUCAGUGAAAAUGACAUUAUCGAAGUGAUUAAUAGAGAUGCGGGAGAGGGGUGGUUUGAAGGAAUAAUAAACGGAAAGCGUGGACACUUUCCAGCAAACUACGUUGAAGAUUACAAUACCUGA